UAAACUGUCAAAAAAUUAAAUUUAGGAGUUGAGGCAUUGAGGUUAUAAUUUCGUCAGAUUUUUCAUCACGUAAAUUUUUUGCCCUAAACGCCUAAAUAAGUAUAUUAUUUUGUCGCCUCAAUCUUCAAAGAAAAGAAGAUGGAUACUUUAACAACCGGGUCAUUGAGCGGUGCACAGAAAGAGGAGUUAAUGGAUCAGGUUAAGCAGCAAAUCGCGAUCGCAAAUGCACAGGAACUGCUAACGAAAAUGUCAGAAAAAUGCUUCAAGAAGUGCAUCAACAAACCGGGUACAGCUUUAGAUAACUCUGAACAGAAAUGUAUCGCUAUGUGCAUGGACAGAUACAUGGAUGCGUGGAACCUUGUAUCGCGGACUUACAGCAGUCGUAUUCAGCGGGAAAGGAACAACCUAUGAACUUCCACCAGUAACUCGUGAAUGUCUAAAGUUAUAGCAGUGCUGUAAAUAAACUAGUAGUACCAGAUGAUGUUAAAAUUGUGUGUUGCGCCUGCCAGUUGUUAUGUUGAUGUGUUCAAUAAAAAAUAUUUUAGGUUACUUACUGGUGUUUUUACUUGAGAGUCAAUGUUACAUAAUUUAAUGAAUAACUUACUGGCUUUUAUAAACUAUAAACUGUGAAAAAUAAAACUCUUUUACCAACUAGGUAUAAUUUUCUUUAAGAAUCUAAAUGAACAAUUUAAAUAUCUGAGACUGGAUAAGCAUCAGAACAUGUUAUACGAAACUGACCAAUCAUCAGUCAGAUAAAAAUGCCAAAACACUAAUGUUUCCAAAAUAUUGGGUCAGUACCUAAUUGGGUUGUAGUUUCAGUGUAGAACCAACAUUUUAGAGCAAUAAAAAAUUAUGAAUUGUU